AUGAAAGAGCAAACCGCUGAGGAGCGAGAGAAAAUUGCCAAGUCGAAUGAAGAAUACUCCAUCCUUGAUGAAUUAUUUGCUACCGAAAAAGUUGCGCAGGUAGUGAUCUUAGGUGUUACAACACACCUCGCUGUCAUUAAGUAUAUGAAAGAUGAGAAAGACACGUUGUUAUUUCAGAGCGCUCUAACAACACUGGUUGCAUUUGUUGCGGGAUGUUUGGUAUCUUAUAGAACUCGAAUGGUGAAUAAUGGAUUAUGGGGUAGCGAUUUACGUAUAUUAUCCGAUUUUUUACCAAGUUUUAACGUAAUUUAUUUGCUUUUUCUUCCCUUCACGAUGUCUUUACUUUUUGGCCGGGAUUUGGCGUUAGUGAAUGGAGCACUUGCAUUCAAUUGCACCGAUGUUCCUUUUUACAUGAAGUUGCCACUACAGGCCAUCUUUGUGUUACUCAAUGACGAAUAUUAUUCGGACCGUGAAAGAAAUAUAAAGGCUGUGGUAUUGAAUGUUGUGUUAUGCUUCCUUCUGGAAAAAAUUGGGGAGUUGAAGAGCUUUGAUGUGGUUGACUGUAAUUUAUUCAGUAUCCUGCUCACGAACGUUCUAUACUUGGUAGAUUCCCCUUCUCUCCAUUUUCAAGUUUUGCAAAAAUCAAUGUAUGGCCUUAUCACCGCAAUGGCUGUCAAUUUUGUUGGAUCCUUGGUUCUUUCCAGGGCAAACAAACUGGUGAGAUCGUUCAUUCUUUUUUCCUCAUUUUCAGUCGUCUUUCCCUAUACCAUUAUUAAGACAUUAAGAAUAGAUGGACAAAACCCAGCUUUUUGGCUAUACGAAUACAUCACAUCUGAUUCCACUCGUAUGAAUAUUAUCUGUGGAUGGAUAGUGUGCUUACUAAUUCUUUUGCCCAAUGUGAUGAUUUUUCAGUCCAAUUUUUCACUUAAUACCUCCAGAAAAGUCUGGCAUUUCGUCAUUCUUGCUCUUUUAGUCAAGCCUUUACAAUGGGACGCUGAGUUUGUCAAAAUAUCGAUUGCAGGAACGAUUGUUCUAUUUUUGAUUGUGGAAUACCUUAGAUAUCUUAAGUUGGCACCAAUCGGUGAUUUCCUUGAUAAAAAGCUAAGGUCGUUUGCUGAUUUCCGCGAUGAGCGUGGACCGAUCAUCAUUUCUUAUGUCUAUUUGAUAAUCGGUGUUGCCACUCCAAUUUUGAUAAAUGGCUCUUUAGUUGGAGUGAUCUCCCUAGGUGUUGGUGACUCUCUCGCUUCUAUAGUUGGUCAUAGAUGGGGACGCAUAAGAUGGCCAGGAACGAACAAAACUUUGGAAGGAACGUUGGCAUUCAUUUUGGCUACAACAGGUUGUAGCUUAUACUUCAAACAGCGUUACGGGGAAUUUGAAGUUGAAGGCGUCACGGUGAGUAACGUCAUUUUGACCUGUGUCUUAUCCGGUAUUUUAGAGGGUAAUAGUGUCCUCAAUGAUAACAUCCUAAUUCCAGCUUUUAUGCUGAUAUUUAUUGAAAUUUGUAAAUCAUGA